GCUUGAGGGUGAUGUGCUCGGGGUGCAGAGUAGUCAGUGCGCGGCGAGGCGCGCCAGCUGCCGCACGUCAUGAUACUACCCCAGAAGAAAAGAAGGCUGUAGAAUAAUGGCUGGACAAUAUACAUUGACAGAAUCCAGUGACAUUCUCAGAAGAAACCUGACAGAUGGAGAGAAUCUUCCGGAGGUCGCCUUCUCACUGUUGUCGGUGCUACUAGUUGGUUUCCUGCUGUUCAUCCUGAUAUUCCUGUCGGUUGCGGGUAAUGUUUUGGUGUGCGUGGCAAUAUACACGGAUCGAGGACUCAGGAGGAUUGGCAAUUUGUUCCUGGCCUCCCUUGCCAUAGCCGAUCUUUUUGUAGGAUGCCUCGUGAUGACCUUUGCAGGUGUCAACGACCUCCUCGGUUACUGGAUGUUCGGCCCACAAUUUUGUGACACCUGGAUUGCAUUCGAUGUCAUGUGCAGCACUGCCUCCAUUCUUAACCUUUGUGCCAUAUCGCUCGAUCGCUAUAUUCACAUCAAAGAUCCACUGAGAUAUGGUCGUUGGGUAACGAGGAAAAAAGCAGUAUUCUGCAUUUUCAUAGUGUGGCUAUUAGCAGGUCUCAUAUCUUUCGUACCUAUCAGUCUGGGUCUUCAUAGGCCGGAUCAACCUUUAAUCGUAAAUUUUGGAGAAGAGGAGUAUCAGACGUGUGCUCUAGACUUGACGCCCACCUACGCUGUGGUAUCAUCUUGCAUAUCAUUCUACUUUCCUUGCAUAGUGAUGAUCGGUAUAUAUUGCAGACUUUACUGCUACGCUCAAAAACACGUAAAAAGUAUUAGAGCAGUGACGAAGUUACCUGACACCUCUCUGACGAAGAGCUUCCGUUCGAAGAGUGCUCGCAACAAGUCUCCAAAGCCUCAGACGAAAACGAAGCCAACGACUCCUUAUCAUGUAUCCGAUCACAAGGCAGCUAUCACUGUCGGUGUUAUCAUGGGUGUUUUUCUCAUAUGCUGGGUACCCUUUUUCUGCGUCAAUAUUGUCGCAGCAUUCUGCAAGACUUGCAUACCAGAUCGAGCUUUUCAGGUCCUGACGUGGCUCGGCUACAGUAACUCGGCCUUCAACCCGAUCAUCUAUAGCAUUUUUAACACCGAAUUUCGCGAAGCAUUCAAGCGAAUUCUCACGAGAGGUGCAAGAGGACGACAUCAACCCUCAACAAGUGAAUGCGGUGAAUUUCGUUCUGUCGUCGUACAAAAACGCAAUGGAUCCUAUGUCGAAUGUAAUAUUAGUCCAAGAUCGAGUGCCGAAAGCUGUCAAGUUGGAUCUAUUGCUCAAAAACAUCGUGACACAAUUGUUAGUUCUAUUUAAUUAAAAAAAAAGUAAAUUCAAUUUGCACCAAUUAAAAAAACAAAAAAUCGACAUCAUAAUCUAGACAAUCACAAAAGACUAAUUCGAGACAUAUCCAAAAUAAUUAAUUAUCAGAGACAAAUUAAUCUCGUAAAUAGAAAUUUGAGUUUUCUGAAACAAAAACAAUUUUGUUUCAACGAUAAAAUCUAAUGAGCAGAGCAAGAGAAAAUAAAAGUCAGGAUUUGCUCAGGUUUUAUCAAAAAAAAAAAAAAACGAAAAA